CGCCAAAGAUCCAAAACCUCAAGAGAGUCCAAAUCACAGAAAGAUUAGCAAAAAGAAGAAGAAAAUCUCUGCGACAAAGAUUGCAGCUUUGGAAAGGCUCCCAAAGGCUAACAGUUUCCACAGGUUUCUUCUUCUGCAAACUGGUGCUAAGAAGGUGCUGAGGGGGAAGAAGCGUCUCGCAGCUCAGCGGAUGAUUGAGCUCGAGUAACAGCUGAUCGACGUCGAGGAUAUAGUUAGCCUGAUGAUGGACUACUUCGGCUUCCCUCUGCUGUUGGCCAACCUGACGAUGCCUCUGGGAAUUACCUACCUGCUCUACUUCCAGAUUGAUUCUUACCUGACGGACGGGGCCUUUGACUGGAUGGUGUUCAUCAUGAUACCUGCCAUGAUGGCCCAUUUCGUGCUUAUUCAGACAGAAUCGGAUGCGCUCAAUGAAAAUAAGCGAAAGGACGCUCUAAUUCUACAGAGAUACGUCAGUGCAGAUCCGUAUCUACGGGAAAGUGUGACCGUCUACAGAGUCCUAAACACUCUUCAGAAAAGGACCGACUUUUCCCUCAUAGGAUUCUUCAGCCUUGGUCGGUCCUGCUUGACUACCGCCGCAGGAUUCAUCUUAUCCUACCUCGUCAUCGUUUUGCAGUUCCGAGGGAUCAAAAUGGCGUCCGUAGGAUGAAAAAGGAACAGGAAGGACUUGAAAAAUAAAAGAAAUCGAAAAUCCUAGCAAUUGAAAAUAUCAAAUCAGUAACAACAGGAAUAACGGAAUGAAUAAAUAGGUGAAUAAUAAUAA